AUGCAUCGACGGUGGUUGUCAGUACCUCUCUUGUCAAGCUGCGUUUCAGCAUUCUAUCCUUACCAGUCUGGCGACGGCGGAAACGACAACAGCAAGAGAUUCAUACCUUUGGAUCUCGAGCCUCAAACGAAAGAUGAUUCCGGAGUCGUGACUCUUGACAUCAUGAAGGUGGUAGGUCAGGCCAGGAGGAACAAUAUAUUCCCCGUCGUCACCUCUACAGCAGCUAAUAUGCCGAAUGCGAUGGCCAUCAAUCAAGACGGCAACGACUACACCUACUUCUCGACCAUGAAAUUCGGCUCUGAGGGACAAGAGAUGUACAUGCUGAUCGACAGUGGCUCGGCCAACACCUGGGUCAUGAGUUCGGAUUGCGAGUCGUACGCUUGUCAGACACACAACACCUUCGGCAGUGAAGACUCGAGCACCCUCAAAACAACCACGCAAACAUGGUCUAUGACUUACGGUACUGGAGAAGUUGACGGCGUGGUGGCGAAGGACACCGUGCAGCUGGCCAAUUAUACCGUCAGCAUGAACUUCGGACUCGCUUCAACUGCUUCGGAUGAUUUCAACAACUAUCCCAUGGAUGGCAUACUGGGCAUCGGCCGGGCGACGUCGGAUGCGCUGGACUCGCCGAGCAUCAUGCAAGUUUUGAGCGACCAGGGCCAUCUGGCUGAGAACAUUCUGGGCAUUCACCUGCAGCGGAGCUCUGACGGCGCGAAAGACGGACAAAUCACCUUCGGCGGUGUCGACUCGUCCAAGUUCGUCGGCAAACUGUCGUACGCGAAGACCAUCAACAGCGAUAGCUGGCAGAUAUCAGCAGACGACGCAGGCGUCGACGGCAAGGCAGUGGGAUUUCAGGGCAAGACCGCCAUCAUCGACACCGGCACUUCAUACAUCCUGAUGCCUCCGAACGACGCGGACGCCUUGCACCAACUCAUCCCGGGCAGUUCUCACAACGGCGAGCGAUAUGUGGUCCCGUGUUCCGCCUCGGCGAACGUGUACUUUACCAUAUCAGGCAUCAAGUAUUCCGUAUCACCAAAGGACUAUGUCGGCAAGCAGAGCGGCUCCGGCUGCCAGAGCAACAUCAUCGGACACCAGCCUUUCGGCCCGAACGAUUGGAUCCUCGGCGAUGUGUUCCUGAAGAACGUGUACACUGUCCUUGACUUUGACCAUGCUUCGGUCGGGUUUGGAACGAAGGCUGGAACUACCGCAGCCAACGGCAGCAGCGCGACGUCCUCAUCAGCCUCCUCUUCCGGGACGGGCGCUCCUUCCUCGUCAGGCUCGAACUCUACGGUUUCGAGUAAACCUUCGGCGACAUCAGGGCUGGCAUCUGGCGGAUCAGCUGGCCCAACCACGUUCGCCACAUCGACGACAGGAGCAGGCGGCUCGACAGCAAACGGUUCCGCCAGCGGUGCGGCAGCCACGUCGUCGGCCAGUACCGGGGACAGCAACGGCGGCAGCGACAGUGACCCCUUCAGCCAGGCGGGUAAUACUGGAUCGUCAUCAGGCUCCUCCCUGAUACCCAUCAUGGCCUUGGCGUUUGUGGUCGGGUUUGUUUUGUAA